CGCUAGGUGAAGUAGCUUUGCUACUACUCGCGCAGCCAGAUUGAAGCAGGUGUACAACAUGGCGAUCACAGGCAACGGAUCUCUCGCUACUCUUCUCUUUUUGUUCAUGAUUCCAGCAGCUCUUCACAAAGGAGCUGCUCAGUACCCAGUCCAGAGUCAGAACCUGGUGACAGACAAUGUGGAGGUGGUGGAGGGUGACGUGGCCGUCAUCAGCUGCAGGGUGAAGAACAACGACGACUCUGUCAUCCAGCUCCUCAACCCCAACAGACAGACCAUCUACUUCAGAGACGUCCGACCCCUGAAAGAUGCUCGCUUCCAGCUGGUCAACUUCUCGGACAAUGAGCUGCGGGUGUCUCUAUCCAAUGUGAGCCUGUCGGAUGAGGGGAGAUACGUGUGCCAGCUCUACACGGACCCCCCACAGGAGGCCUAUGCAGACAUCACUGUGCUGAUCCCUCCAGGCAACCCAAUCAUUGAGUCCCGGGAGGGGCAGGUGAUUGAGGGCAACGAGACAGAGAUGACCUGCACCGCUAUGGGCAGCAAGCCCGCCGCCACAAUCAGAUGGAUGAAGGGAGACAAAGAGCUCCAAGGCAUAUCCAAGGUGGAGGAGACAUAUGACCACAUGUUUACGGUGACCAGCCAGCUGAGGUUCAUCGUCACUAAGGAGGACGACGGCGUGUCCGUGGUGUGCAUCGUGGACCACCCAGCCGUCAAAGACUUCCAAGCCCUGACGUACCUGGUGGUACAUUAUAAACCGGAGGUGAAGAUCAUAGUGGAGUUUCCUGAUGGGCUGCCAAGGGAGGGACAGAACAUGGAGCUGUCAUGCCAGGCCAAAGGCAAACCCCAUCCUCAGCAGAUCAACUGGGUGAAGGUGGAUGAUGACCUGCCCUCACACGCCCUCAUCACCGGCCCGGACCUGUACAUCGAGAACCUCAACAAGACCUACAACGGCACCUACCGCUGCUUCGCUGCCAACUCAGUGGGCGAGUCGUAUGACGACUACAUCCUCUACGUCUACGAUGCCCCCACCACUACCCCUAUACCCACUACAGCUACCACCACAAUUCCCACCACCACCACCACCAUCUCUCUCCCUGAAGCCACUGCAGACACUACGCCCAGCGCUGAACCCGCAGCUCACGAUUCCAGGGCUGGAGAGGGAGCACCGAGAGCGGUCGACCAUGCGGUCAUCGGAGGAGUGGUGGCUGUGGUUGUCUUUGCCAUGCUCUGUCUACUCAUCAUUUUGGGACGGUACUUUGCAAGACACAAAGGUACCUACUUCACGCAUGAAGCUAAAGGAGCCGACGAUGCAGCAGAUGCAGACACGGCCAUUAUCAACGCAGAGGGGGGCCACAACAAUUCAGACGAGAAAAAGGAGUACUACAUAUAGAAAUCGCAGGGUCCAAAUACUGUCCCCUGUGGGACACCAUACUGUCUUUGGGUGAGGGGUGCUUGGGGUUUAAGUAUGGUUGGGUAGGGGGGGUAGGAUGGGUUGGUUUUAGUGGUGAUUGCCAGGGAUUGAACAAUGUAUAGUCCAGUCUGUGCAGCUGAAGAGGAACAGUUUUGUGUGUAUAAGGUGGAAAGAUAGGGAAGGGAGAGUAGGUUUUUGUUAAGGGUGGGUAGGGAGGGAGGGGGGUUUGGGGGUUGCCAGAUGUUGCCAGAAAUCACUGUAGAGCUUCACCAUUCGACACCUCCCAAAACUGCUGGUACGAAUUUUGUUUAGUUCAACCAUUUGCAGAAAAUUCUGUGCCUUGUUCUGAAUUUCUUUUCUAUUCAUUCUUCUUUUUCCCCCGUCAACAUGCCGUUGCUCCUCACCGUUCCCUCUUUCACUCUCUUCAUUAUGAUUGUGCUGUUGGCUUUCCUAUGAGUGUUGAAUUACACAGUGGCUCUGUUCAUCUCUCCCACUGUGUUCGCACACACGUUCUCUUCUGCAUACCAAAACCUCAGAAGAACCCUAUUUCCAUUAAACUGUGAGCAGGCCUAGUCUCAAGCCACUACCUUUCUUUUUUCCCAAAUCUUUUGAUAACUCCAAAACACAUCCAACGCUUUAUGUAUCAUCUUCGAAAAAUGUACAUGAGGAACAUAUUAUUACACAUAAAUAACAUUACCCCCCUCUUUAAAACACACACACAAAAAUAUAAUCUAAAGGAAGACCAUGAAGGACAGUUGGUCUCAAACUGUCCUUGUUUUCAUUUUAUCUGAGCCAAUUCCUAUUCACUGUGGAUGACUUGUAUUCUUUCCUCUCUCUUCAAUUUGUUUUUCUUAUUAGAUAUGCCAGCACAUUUAAAACAUUGGUACUAUUUGGAAUAAGCAAAGUAGAAGGCACAUUAUUUCACCCUCGCUAUGCUGAACUUAAAAGCAUUUUCAAUUCACUAUUUUUACCUUUUAUUCUCUGUACAAUGAUGUUUUUGUUCUGUUCCAAUGAAUGGAACCGCAAUCCCCCUGCAGGCAUUUCAUGUUUUAUGAUGACAUUUUGGGGUUUUACAUCGUCUCUCUCAUUCAGAAAUAUUUUUGACAAACAACUAAACAUUUUAAAAAUAAUUCGUUUUUAAUGGUUUCUUUGGUGGUGUAUACUCACCCGUUGUCUUUCAAUCAAGCUGCCUCGCUUUAGCCAAGCUGUAAUAAAGUUGGUAUAAAAAAAAGGUAACACUGAUAGGAUUAAUUUCAAUAAGAAAUUACCGGAAGACAUCUCCAAACUAAUAAAUGAAUGUUGACUGUCAAAGGUGAAUAUCCUCAUUAUAAUACAUAUAUCAAUCUACUGUAGGUUGUGAGGUACUAACUGCAAUCAACAUUUAUAAAGCGAUACUACCUUCAUAUUGUUACAUGCUGAACAGUCAAAUCUCACAUGUAGAGUAGUUGUAUUUUUCCAGCCUUGUGUAUAAAUUAGAACUAGAGGAUUUAAAAGGGUUAUAGGAUUUUAAAGGAGAUGGUGAUACAUAGGUGAUCAUAGCUUCUGUAUGAGCAAAGGACCUACAAUCAUUGUCUAAGGCAUUUUUUCAAAGGAUAUGAUUUCAAUACAAAACAUAAUCUCAAAACAAUUCAGACGCACCAGAACGAAUAGUUCCAACAAUAUACAAACUAUGUCCAGACAUUAUAUUUACACCAAUGUAUUAUACACAAACCCGUGCCAGGAAAUAUUUUUUACAACCUAGUGGAAUUUCAUGACAGAAUAGUUUUGUGUUUUUUCUGAUUAUCACAAGCUGUUUGUUGUGAGUUUUGUCACUCCAUAUUGUAAAACACUCAUGCCAGUUGAGGAGCAUGUGUGUCACUCGGAAUUACCACGGGAGACAGGGCCUUAUUUCCCCUACUAUCACACCCCAGCCUCUGGACUGUACAUGGUCUUGUCAUGAUGCAACAAUUUUCAGUUGCCCAAACAGUCAGCCAACACAACACUGCAUGUAUGUGAGUGUGAACCUCUAAAACAACAUAAUACAGUCUCCUAUUUUUCUUUCUUUACAAAUGAUCUGCCUAAGCUUAAAGAUGAUACAAUGUGGAAGGGCCAGUUAGGGAGAGUUGGGGAAUGCCAAAAGUACUUUUGGGGGAACUGUUACUUUUCAUUUCUACAUCACUACAGUAAACAUUGCUGUUGAAUUUAGUUACUGUCCUGCUGAGGUUGUUGACCUGACAAUUAGGUUGAAAAGAUGUUGUUGCUUACGUGUUUGAUUUGAUGUUUAUUCCGAAUAUAAUAUCUUGAACAAGAAGCUACCACUGAUUUAAUACUGUAUGACGACAAUGCUGGUUGUUUAUCGGGACAGUGGUGGCUUUCUGGCUCGUUUAAAUGCUCCAUUUUAGACUGUGUGACUUCAUGUGAAACAUUUUGGAUCCCCUCUGCUGUUUCAAUAGAUCAAACAACAGAGAGAAUGUAACCGUCUUUUAGAUUGAGGUUGUGUGACUUGUAUUUAACAGUGAGCAUUAUUUUGCUUUGGUCAAAAGUGUGGUGGCUUCCAUUCAAAACUGGACCUUAAAAAGUCUGUUCUUACAAAGUGAACACAUCUAUUCACUCAUUCUGUAGGUUGGCAUUUUAAUACAUGUACUCACAGCUGUGUGGACUGGGUCGAUGUACAGUACCAGUCAAAAGUUUGGACACACCUACUCAUUCAAGGGUUUUUCUUUAUUUGUACUAUUUUUUACAUUGUAGAAUAAUAGUGAAGACAUCAAAACUAUUAAAUAACACAUAUUGAAUCAUGUAGCAACCAAAAAAGUGUUACAUUUUACAUUCUUCAAAGUAGCCACCCAUUGCCUUGAUGACAGCUUUGCACACUCUUGGCAUUCUUUCAACCAGCUUCAGGAGGUAGUCACCUGGAAUGCAUUUCAAUUAACAGGUGUGCCUUGUUAAAAGCGAAUUUGUGGAAUUUCUUUCCUUCUUAAUGCGUUUGAACCAAUCAGUUGUGUUGUGACAAGGUAGAGAUGGUAUAGAGAAGACAGCCCUAUUUGGUAAAAAAAAAACAUAUUUUGGCAAGAACGGCUCAAAUAAGCGAAGAGAAAUGACUAUCCAUCAUUACUUUAAGACAUGAAGGUCAGUCAAUCCGAAAAAGGUAAAGAACUUUGAAUGUUUCUUUAAGUGCAGUCGCAAAAACCAUCAAGCGCUAUGAUGAAACUGGCUCUCAUGAGGACUGCCAUAGGAAAGGUAGACCCAGAGUUACCUCUGCGGCAGAGGAUGAGUUCAUUAGAGUUACCAGCCUCAGAAACUGCAGCCCAAAUAAAUGCUUCACAGAGUUCAAGUAACAGAAACAUCUCAACAUCAACUGUUCAGAGGAGACUGUGUGAAUCAGGCCUUCAUGGUCGAAUUUCUGUAAAGAAACCACUACUUAAGGACACCAAUAAUAAGAAGAGACUUGAUUGGGCCAAAAAAUACGAGCAAUUGACAUUAAACAGGUGGAAAUCUGUCCUUUGGUCUGAUGAGUCCAAAUUUCAGAUUUUUGGUUCCAACCGCCGUGUCUUUGUGAGACGCAGAGUAGGCGAAUAGAUGAUCUCUGCAUGUGUGGUUCGCACUGUGAAGCAUGGAGGUGUGAUGGUGUGGGGGUGCUUUGCUGGUGACACUGUCGUUGAUUUAUUUAGAAUUCACGGCACACUUAACCAGCAUGGCUAGCACAGCAUUCUGCAGCGAUAGGCCAUCCGAUCUGAUUUUCACUUAGUGGGACUAACAUUUGUUUUUCAACCGGACAAUGACCGAAAACACACCUCCAGGCUGUGCAAUGGCUAUUUGACCAAGAAGGACUGUGAUGGAGUGCUGCAUCAGAUGACCUGGCCUCCACAAUUACCCAACCUCAACGCAAUUGAGAUGGUUUGGGAUGAGUUGGACAGUAGAGUGAAGGAAAAGCAGCCAACAAGUGCUCAGCAUAUGUGCAAACUCCUUCAAGACUGUUGGAAAAGCAUUCCAGGUGAAGCUGGUUGAGAUAAUGCCAAGAGUGUGAAAAGCUUUCAAGGCAAAGCGGGGCUAUUUUGAAGAAUCUAAAAUCUAAAAUAUAUUUUAAUUGAAAACGUUUUUGUUUACUACAUGAUUCCAUAUGUGUUAUUUCAUAAUUUUGAUGUCUUCACUAUUAUUCUACAAUGUAGAAAUAGUAAAAAAUAAAGAAAAAACAUUGAAUGAGUAGGUGUGUCCAAUCUUUUGACUGGUACUGUAUAUGUUUCUGCUUAACCUUUUACUGGUGUGUGUUGUCGUUUGUAAUGGUGACCACUGUCAGAAACAAUAGGAAACAGGAGUGUAUUGGGGAAAGUAUAUGCAACUCGAGAGUAGUUGACAUAAAACAAAUGUUAAUUUGUAUGAUCACCUACUUAAAGGGAAACUCCACCCCAAAACUAUAUUUUGGUAUUUGUUUCAUUAGUCCAUUGUUGAUAUAGUCCCAAAAUGUUUUGCAUGUCAGCAAUCAAGUUUUGAAGAUAUAUAACUGUCAAAAUACACAAAAUACAUAAAUAUAGCUGCGUUUUGAAUCAUAUGAUGCGAAAUGGAUCAUACCGGCUCGAUUUAUGUAUUUUGAAAGUUUUGGGAUGGAAUUUUCCUUUAACCCUGGUGAAAUGAACAGCAAAUCAAAUACAAUUCGAUGAUGGACAACAAUUUGGGCGGGUGUAACAAGUCCAGAGAUGUGUGGAAUGACUUUGAUAUUUGAGUAUAGAAUGUCAUUUCUGUUUCUGUGUGUUAUCAGUUUUUUCUUCUUCAUGAAAUGUCCCCUUUGUUACUCAUGCUACAGUUAAUUUGGUAGUCUUAGUGUUGAUUAUUUCUUUUUUAUUUUAUCAAAUUACUUUUUACAUUUCUUUGUUAAUGCCCUGUCUCAGGUUCAUGUGCAUUGAAUGGUGUGAUUGCAUCUCAGGUAGAAUGCAAAGUCUAAGGCCCACCACACAUUGAUGAAGUAUAUAUAUAAAAAAAGUACACCAAUCAUUUUAGAUCAAGAGACAACUGGUGAUUUGUUUUGCAUUUAAGCUGUACAUGUUUUAUGAAUUUUCUUAAAUAUUCGGUGCACUGUAUAAGAUGUUUAAGUAUUUUUUUGAAUAGACAUAGUUCACAAUGAAAGAGUACUCCGUUUGUUAAAAUGAUGCAGGAAAAGAACACACAGCUGUGGCUGUGCAACUAUCAAUUUAAACAUCUCUCGGACGUUUAGUUUUCCUUCCAGAACGUUUGGUCGUUUAUCACUUCAUUGUUUUUCAGUUGAUUAUUUUAGUUUUUCUGCUGUACUAGGGCAAUGUUAAUGUGUAUUAAUGAAGAAAAAUAUAUCCACAUUCCCAUACACAUUUUGUAUUGGUUCAUAAAUAGACAUUUUUACAAAAAAUGAAGAGUUCUUGUCUUAAUAAAAAAGAAAAAGAUAUUAAUGUUCAAAGUAA